AUUCCACUACUAUAACCUCUAUCUCGAUCUCCAUCCAUCUCUCUCUCUCUCUCUGCUUGUCACAGCCAAUACGUCGUCGUUUCGUAACCGUCUAUUCACCGGAAAGCUCCACAUCUCGGCGCUGUUGUGUAGCCGGAAUCAUGAAGUUCUCGAAGAGCCUCGGCAUCCUGAUCGAGGAGGCCUUGCCGGAAUGGCGGGACAAGUUCUUGUCCUACAAGGACUUGAAGAAGCAAUUGAAGCUGAUCUACCCUAAAGGCGGGGACAGGCCGCCGAGUAAACGGCCGAGAUUGUCCGACGAGGAUGUGCGGACGGACGGUGGGGAUUUCGCCGACGACAACGGCGGUGACGUUUCCAAGGCGGUCGCCGAUUUCGUGAGGUUGUUGGAGAACGAAAUGGACAAGUUCAAUUCGUUUUUCGAGGAGAAAGAGGAAGAGUACGUUAUUAGAUGGAAGGAACUACAGGAUAGGGUGGCAGAAGCCAAAGAUUCAAAUGAGGAGUUGAUGAGAGUAGGCAGAGAAAUAGUUGAUUUUCAUGGAGAGAUGGUUUUGUUAGAGAACUACAGUGCACUUAAUUAUACAGGACUAUUGAAGAUUCUGAAGAAACAUGACAAGCGAACCGGUGCUCUAAUUAGGUUUCCCUUUGUCCAAAGGGUCAUGCAACAGCCAUUCUUCAGUACUGAUGUACUCAAUAAGCUCGUGAAGGAGUGUGAGGUGAUGCUUGAUCACGUCUUCUCCAGGAAUGACCCAUCAGGUCCAUCCGAAGCAGCCAAAGCAGAAGAACAGUUCGACUCUGAGGCUGUGGCUGAAACUAGAGAAAUUGUACUGAAAGCUCCUAUAGAACUUGCAGAAAUAAAGCAAAUGGAGAGUGUGUACGGAAAGCAAACUGAAACCGCAUUGCGUGUCUUGAAGGAUGUUCGGAGUGGAAGCUCAACUGUUAGUGCAUUUUCACUGCCGCCUUUGCAAAUAAAUGUGGUGGAGGAGGAUUCGAAGAACAUACAUGCUUUACAACAAGAAGCCAAAUGAAAAUUUGGAUGACAACUUCCUCUUGCUAUUGAUUUUACAGAAGUAGAUACCAAUUGUAUGCUUAGGAAAAAAACUAAAGGAUGAAGCCUUGUGAUUCAUCCCUUCCUUUUUACCUAGUCAUUGUAAAUCACCAUGACCAAGUAUGCCUUCUGAGUGUCAGGGUGAGAUGCGAGAUAGCCUCUCAAGAGAUGAUUAACUCCAAAUGUGUGUUUAAGUUGGUUGAUGAUUUUUCUUUUU